UCAACACCUUCAACCAGUGGCGACGACACCAAUCUCACGAUAGUGCACCACGGAAAGCCGAUACAGCUUACCUUUCCCAGCCAUGCGACUCUCGCAGACCUCUCCGAACAUGUCUCUACAGACCUAUCCAUCCCUCCCUCCAACCAGAAAUUCCUCAUAACCCCAAAAGUCGGGCUCCUCAAGCCGCCCUUCAAGGACCCGUCCAUACCCCUCUCCACGCUCCUUUCCAAGAAGAUCGUCCUCAUGGGCUCCACCGCCGCCGAGAUAUCCUCUCUCAACGCCUCCAUCGCCGCCGCCUCCGCUCCCCGCCGCCCCUCACCCAUCAAAUCCGCGCGCCCCUCCCGCACCGGCCGCUCCAACCAGCGCAUCCAAGACGACGCCACCUACACGUUCCACACCCUCCGCCCACUCCCCUACCUCCCGCGCCCGGAGCGCUCCCUCGCCUUCCUCGAACGCCUCCGCGACGACGCCGGCAUCCGCGCUGCGAUGCGCGCGCACAAAUUCGCCGUCCCGCUGCUGACGGAGAUGGACCCCGCCAUGCACACGACGCACGAGUCGCGCACACUGGGGCUGAACCGCAACCAGGGCGAGGUUAUCGAACUGCGGUUACGAACGGAUGCGUAUGAUGGGUAUAGGGACUAUAAGACGAUUCGGAAGACGCUGUGUCAUGAGCUGGCGCAUAAUGUGUUUGGGCCGCAUGAUCGGGAUUUCUGGAAUCUGUGCCAUCAGAUUGAGAAGGAGGUGGAUAGGGAUGAUUGGAGGAGUGGGGGGAGGAGUGUGGGGAAUGAGGAGUAUUAUCAGCCGGCGGAGGAGGAGGUAAUGGAUCAUGGGGGGUGGACGGGUGGGGAGUUUGUGCUAGGGGGUGGAGAGGGCAAUACGGUGGUUAGUAGUGCUGGUGGGGAUGUGCUGGCUGGUGGCCUUAGUCGGAGGGAAAUACUGGCGAGGGCUGCUGAGGAGAGAGUAAGGAGAGCAAGGCAGGCUCAGGAGCCCCCGGAUCAAGGGGCCGGCGGA